AUGCUUGACGUGAUUGAGGAGGAAGAAGAGGAGCCCCAGGACAUUAUCGAUGAGUCGCUCUACUUGUUUAAGCCGCACAUGCUUUUCCGUACCUUCCCCAUUAAAGGUGCUGGCGACCGCGUCAUUCUGUACGUGACGAUGUACCUCCACGAGUGUUUGAAGAAAAUCACCUCGCUGAAGCGUGAAGAGGCUAAUGCUGUGCUGCUCAACCACGCCACCACGUCGUUUGCGUCACCAGGGGAAAAGGACUUUGCGUUUAACGCUUUUUUCCCUCCUGGGACCCAGGCAGAACAGGAAAGAUGGCGGGAGUACGCAAAGCAACUUCGCCUGGAAGCCAGCGUACGCCUCAUUGAGAAGGUCUUUCUGUUUCCAGAGAAGGACGGCACCGGGAAUAAGUUUUGGAUGGCAUUCGCGAAGAGGCCGUUUUUGGAGUCUGGCUAA